GCGAUGUAUUGAGACAUUUUAAUGUAAAAUUCGAGUGUUCAGUCUUGGUGGUUAAAGAAAGAGUCAUUAAAUACUAGAUUCUAGACUAUGAAUAGUCACAAUGAAUGAGUCAAUGACGGCAUUUUGUAGAGUUCAUCAUUAGUAAUUGAACAAGUGUAACUAUUCAGAAAAGUACAUUCUCAAUGGAUUUGAAUGUCACUCAAAGGGAACCUGAAAACAUCAAUACCAUGGAGCAAAAGUCAGCACAAAGAGAGUCCGUAGGCAUCCACUUUUUGGAACCAGAUUUAGAACAGAAUAAGGCUGGACCUCUGGGAAAGAUAAGAAAAGCAAUAAGUUUACCGAGUGAGAUAGAGAGAAAUGAGUCAGGAGCCAUGACUUCAGGAGUGCAAGGUUAUAAGAAAAACAAGUCACUAAGCUUAUACUCAUUUGAUGUUAAAAACAGCAAUCCAGAAAAAACUCUAUCAAUGAAAAAGUUUCGACAGUAUGUCUGGGAAAAAGAUUUCAACAUAAGAAUGUCAGGUCAACAAUUGUCUUUGGAAAAAGAAUUCAGGCAGAAAAAGUCAGAGAGUCUGCAAGAUAUCUAUAGACAAAGACUUUCUACUGAGCCCCAUGCUGUUGAGAAUAUUUUUGUAAACUUGGGUGAUUCCUUGUACACGUAUGGUCCUCUAGGACAAGCCUUGAGAGAAUGCAUGGUUGAAUUACUUCAAAUUCGUCCUAAAGAUCCCAUUGAGUAUACAGCUAUGUGGCUUUAUCGCUUUGCGGAUACCAAUUGCUAUUAUAAAAAAAGAAUAGCACUUGCUGAAGAAAUGGUACAUUACAAGAACGAAAUUGAUGAGGAAAAUUUAAAAUGGGAGAACAGAAAGUUGGAAUUACAAAAACACAUAUUUAAAAAUAAACUUUCUCAAAAACAAAUUGCUUAUGAUACUCAAAAUUUAUGGUCAAGACUUAAAAAAAUAAAUUCUGAGAGAAUUAAGGCUACCAGGUCUAAAGAAAAAAUGCUAAAAUUGAAAGAUGAAAGCUCAUUCACAAAAUCUACAUCCAGCAAAAAGAAAACCCUUCAUGGUCCUGUCUUACACCUUAAGAAAAAAGGUAUAGAAAAAACCUCAAGUGAUUCUCUAACAGCCAUAUCUGAACAUUCCAUUUUAAAAAACCUGAGUGACUUAGCUUUAGAUGGAGAUGAAGCAGAUAAUGUCUUAUAUCCGAUCGUUAAGAAAUAUAUCCAAAAUAUUAUUGAAGAAGCUCAACACAAGACAGCUUCACUAAGUGAUCAGGUGAGGGCUUACCUUCAAAAUGUUAUUGAGGAAGCACAAAAGAUAUAUGAAAGUGAUGUUGUGAUAGUGGAAGUUAAACAAUAUUUGGAAAAUAUUAUUGAAGGAGCCAGAGAAAGGUUGCAAUCAGGAGUUGAUCAAAAAGAAGUGAAGUGGUAUCUUCAAGAUGUCAUUGAUCAGGCAGAAGAAAGGUUAGAGGAGAUAAUGGUGGCAGAAGAGACAUCGGGAGAUCUGAAAGAUACAAUUGUGAUCUCACAAGCUACAGCUGACUCUACAAUAACUUCAAGCCCCAUCAGCUUAGAAGGUUCUUCACAGUUGUCAUCCGCAUCAGGAUCUGAAUCAGACAGCAGUGAUGAUUUGCAACCAGGAGCUUUCUUGAGUAAAAAAAAGAAAAAGUUGAAAAAAUUGAAAAAGAAAAAGCAAAUGUUAAAGAAACCUACAGGUGCAGUGUCUUCUUCUUCCAGUGAUGUGGGACCUGUUAAACAUGUACCCUCAUUGAGUAAACGUAAAAAAACUCGUAGUAGCUCAAGUGCUAAUGUUGCCAAGAUAUCCAGUUUAGAACUUACAGACUCAAAAGAUGUUCCAGUUCAAGAUAGUUCUAGCCUAUUUCUUCUACCCAAAGAUGCUGAUAUCAAUGUGAAAGAUGCUCGGAGUUCAAUUUCCAAAGAACUGGACUUGAAACAAAAAAUUUUAGAUGUUGAAUCUAGAGUAAGAUUUUCAGAUGACCCUGAUAUCAUAAAGAUUGACCUUCCUAAAGAAGUAACAACAGAACAGAAAAAAAAGCGCACUGCGACUGCAAAACAUAAGAAAAAACCAGCUACAGAUGUGAAGAAACAAUCUUUGCCAAUUAAAAAAGAAAAUGUAAUACAAUUAAAGAAAGGUGAUUCAUAUGUACUUCCUUGGAAAAGAUCACUGUCAGCAGAAUUGAAAGCACAAGAAUCUAUAGAAGUCACAGAUGCAAAAUCUGAUGAUAGAACAGAGAAAUCUCAAUCACUUGAACAGCAGUCACUAUUAAUAUUCAAGGCUGAAUCAACUGAAAAAGAAGAAGCAUUGGAUGGAAUUGCUUUAAAAGAUUCAAUUGAUGUAUUCCCAACUCAAUCUAAAGACUUUGAAAGAACAUUUAAUGAGCGCCAAUCAAUAAACCAAUGGCAGCAGCCAGAAAUGAUGACAGAAAGAGUGUCACAACUGCCAGUUGUACAUUCAAGCAAAUCCAUAGAAGAUAUCAUUUUUGGGAAACUUGAAGAUCCUACCAAACAAACAUCUGUAGCAAUUGAUGAGAAAAAGGCAUAUAGUAUAUGCUCACUUUUGGCAGCCAUCACUAAUCCCUUGGAUGAAAAAGAAUUAACUAUCUUUGAAGAAGAAUUAAAGGUAGUAAAGAGUGUUGAAGAUGAUGUGAACAAAAGGAAGUCAUCAAUAACAAUAUAUAAAGAUUCUUCUAAAGAACAAACCGUGGUCCAUACCACUACUGUGGGUGAAAAAAAGAUAACUGUAAUAUGGUCGUUUCAUGAAGGAAAUGAGUUGAUUUGUAGCCACUCUGAGCUUGGAGAGCUUAAACCUUAUGGUCCCAAUCAGCUAUUAGACUCUCCUGAAACUUGGCUUGAACGACACUAUGCUUAUCCAUCAUUUUAUGAGCCAGAAAUCUACACUAACCCACAUUAUCUUUAUCCUCAUGUUUUAGCUAAAAGUGAAUAUCAAAUACUAAAGAAGAUGUCCAUCAAGAAAUCUGCCUCAUCAUCUGUCAAGCUAAAAGCCAAAAAAUAAACAACUUAGUUUAUUUUACCGUAGAAUGAUGAGGACUUAUCAACAGCAUUUACAAGCAACUUUAAGUGUGAAAGAGCCUAUAAUUUAAUAGUUAAAACAAGUAGUUGUGGCUUGUGAACAGUUUUCAUAAGAGUAUAUUGUACACUAUUUUUAACUGGUGUUAAUUUGUUUAUUCUAAUGUACUGAUUUGAUAAUCAAAUUGUUAUACCAUUUUACUGCUGUACUUGUUUUGAAAUAUAUUUUUUUAUAUUUGAUUGUGUCAGUAUUUAUAUUUAUAUAGAUAAAUAAACUUACAUUUUCCUUCCAAUAC